AUGGCACCAAACGUGAAAAAUAUCCAGGGUGAUAUUUGGCCUCGAUUGGCAAAGAAAUACGAGACCUUCCUGUUCUUCGAGAUUCAAGAUGUAACCAAGUUCAAAAAAGAGCUUUCCGCGUUUAGCAAGCGUAUCACAACGGCAGAGGGUGCACACAAGACUCGUGGCAUGCUCUAUUCGCGAAAGGAGAAGGGCGAAGAUAGCAUCGUUGAUAAUAUCAACACAAAUAUUUCGUUUUCUUGUGUUGGCCUUGCCAAGCUCGGAAAAGAUGAUCUUGGAGAUGAGGUCUUCAAAGGCGGAAUGUACGCAGACAUGGUAACCGCCGGCCUUGACAGAGACGAAGAGUGGCAUGGAGAAUUCAAAGGAUCCCGCGGGCAGAUUGACGGCGUGUUCAUCCUUGCUGGCAGCUCGGAGGCAACUGUGUACAACUGGAUCACAGACGUCAUCAGGCCCAAGUUCGCUCUGCCGCCCGAUAGCCCAGCUACGAAGUUCCUGUUCACCCAGAGCGGCGCAGUUCUUAAUCAAUACGACGUCGAACACUUUGGGUGGAAAGAUGGUGCCUCUCAGCCUUUGCUCAAGGGGUUGGACGAUAAUGUUGAAGACACGAAAGGACCUGGUCUCAUUAAGCCUGGUUAUAUCAUUGUUGGAGAGGAAGGUGAUACCGAAAAGGCACCCGAUUGGGCCAAGGAUGGUAGCUUCAUGGUCUUCCGUAGACUGAGACAGCUGGUCCCCGAGUUCACCCAGUGGGUUGUUGGAAAAAUCGGCGAUCAGGCCAUGGAAGAUGAUGGUAAAACCAUGAAACUCGGUGUCAUUAGCACAAUGUCCUCCCGAGUGGUUGGAAGAUGGCCCGACGGAGCGCCUCUUGAUCUCAUGCCGAAACCGCCCCAGGGUGAGGAAAAUACUUACAAGGGUCUACCUGAGGAUGCUCCAGCCCGGGGUGAAGAGCACAUGAAACUCACGCGUUCGAAUGACUUCGACUUCCGCGACAUUGCAGUACAGGAUAGAUGCCCCUUUGCAUCUCACAUUCGCAAAGUGCGGCCGCGAGCCGAUCGCCUCAACUUCGACGGCACUUUUGAUGAUACUCAUGCCAUGAUCCGCCGUGGUGUGUCAUUUGGGCCUCUCACUACCAAUGAGGAGAAAUCACUGGGCGUGACUAUACACGAUCGUGGACUUCUUUUCGUGUCCUACCAGGCCAACCUCCAUAACGGGUUCCGGCAAGUUCAAAACGAAUGGGCGAACAAGGUCAGCUUCCCUGCCGGAAAGGGCAAGAACUACCAGGGCAAGCAGCCUGGGUUGGAUCCUAUCAUCGGUCAAUGGGAAAAGGGAGACGAUACAAGCAACUAUAUUUCCAUGCCGAGAUAUGAUGAUCCUAAGAAGGUGGAGCAAUGGAAGCUUGAUCGAUGUGUCAUUGCGGAGGGUGGUGAGUACUUUUUUAGUCCUUCCAUUGCCGGUAUCCAGGAAAUUUGUAGUGCUUAA